AAACAGUUUUUAACUCUUCCUUCCCCUAGGGGGACACCAUGGCUCCAAUGUCAGUCUGGCCAGUGCUGCUUCUCCUGUUGGUCUUGCUGGGACCCUUGCCAGCCUCCACCCAGAGGGAAACCCGUUACGAGAAGUUCCAACGGCAGCAUGUCGACUUCCCAAAGACCAGCCCUGAGUUGGACGGCCGGCGCUAUUGCAACCACAUAAUGCAGAGCAGAAAGAUGACCAAAGACGCCUGCAAGCCCUCCAAUACCUUUGUCCACGGGCCCCCCGAGGAUGUGGACGCCAUCUGCACCCACGGAGGCACCCACUCCAGUGAGAAUUAUUACGACAGCAAUGUCAGCUUUGACAUCACCUCCUGCCGGAUCUCUGGGGGUUCCCAGAGGCCUCCCUGCAGCUACAGAGCCAGACUCAGCUCCCAGCGCAUCCGAGUGGCCUGUCUCAACGGUGUGCCUGUUCACUUCAAAGCUGCCCUUUAGGUUGCUGAGCAACGGAGAUGGGGUCUAUGGUGUUGACCUGUGCAUUGUAGGUGACAUGCAGCCAUUUUAGACCCUGGAAAGAUGAAAGAUUCCAUUGCUCGUUAGUACAUUUUUAUAUCUCAUUUAGAUUUUGCUGUUGCUGUAGAUCUAAUAUCCUCUCUUCUGCUGCUGCCCCUCCCCCUUUUCCUCAUCAAACUGAUAUUUUGAUGAUUUGCACUGAUUAUUUGCAUCAAGCACGAUAACAGCCCUGUCCUACUUCCGUUUAUUCUUCAAAGAAUCAUAGAGUCGGAAGGAACCUCCAGGGUCAUCUAGCCCAACCCCCUGCAGGCCAUUCAUAAAUACCUCCCCACAGGGACACCUGCUCCAUGCCCAGGAGAUGCACCCUAAAAUUCUGCCCACAAGGCAGACUGUCAAGGAGUAUAACAGCCGUUCUCUGUUCCCUGAGAACUGAACUCUGUGAAGGAAAAGAUGAAGGGUCCUUCAUCUUUUGGCAUUUCCUCCAAACUACAGUUCCCAUGAUUUUUCAGAUGAAAGCAUGACAUUUAAAGCAAUAUAAAGCCAAUAUAAUUUGUAGUGUUAUUAUCUGUUGAAACCUCUUAUAAGUGGCCAAUGCUUUCUGCUUUAAAGCACUGCCCCAGGUGCAGCCAACUUCCAGCUAGCAUGCCAUUUUUACGCCUAAGGAAACUGGAGAAGAGGGGAACGGAGGGCGCAGUUUGAGCUCUCUUCUCAUUCUGUUAAGCUUUGAUAAAGUGGAGAGCUCUAGAUAAAACUAAAUCCCAGGUUAUUAUAUUUUUACUACUACGUUUUGAGGCAAUGGAGCUACAAUCCAGUGCUACUAAUACCCCAUCUCAUUGGGUGCAUCUGUGAUUAGUUUCACAAUGAUCCACAUGUGAGCUGCAUGCCAUGAGUUUUAAAAGAGGCAUUCCUUCUUGUGUUUGGUUGAGUUCCCUCCCAGCAGGACCAGAUCUACAUGUUUUUUGAGGUGGGGCUAAAUUAAAAAAUGACACCCCCUUAUGGGCCAUUCUAUCUUAUGCUCCCAUAGAAUACAAUGGACUCCAUAUAGGGUUGCCAAGUUCAAUUCAAGAAAUAUCUGGGGACUUUGGAGAUGGAGCCAGGAGCAAGGGUGUGGCAAGCAUAAUUGAACUCCAAGGGAGUUCUGGCCCUCACAUUUAAAGGAACAGCACACUUUUUUAAAUGCCUUCCUUCCAUAGGAAAUAAUGAAGGAUAGGGGCACCUUCUUUUGGGGCUCAUAGAAUUGGAUCCCCUGGCCCAAUCGUUUUGAGACCUGGAGGGUAUUUUAGGAAAAGGUACUGGAUGCUAUACUGAAAAUUUGGUGCCUCUAUCUCAAAAACAGCCCCCCAAGAGCCCCCGAUACCUCCAAAUCAAUUCCCCAUUAUACCCUAUGAGAAUCUAUUUCCACCUAGGGAAUAAUGAAGUGCCCAGCAGACAUUUCCCUCCCCCCCCACCCCGUUUCUGGCGACUCUGAAGCGAGGGAUUGGCCUCUCUACUCAUGUGUUGCUGUCAGCUUCUUCAAAGUAACACAAGAGGAAGCCUUUCAAUCGGAGACGGAAGCCUCCGAAGGUGGAAAGUCACACGGUGGCUGUGGGGAUGGGGCUUCCCCCGCCGGCCAGCUGACUGGGGGCAGGAAGGAGCCUGGGAAAGCGGAAGAAUCCUCGCUGGGACCUGGGGAUUGGCAAGCCUAAGUCCACACCAAAUUUUGCACCCUCCCCCCCCGUCAGUGCUUGGGGCAAGCACCCCCCUCUGCCCCCCCUAGAUCCGGCCUGGUUCCCAGCUCCAGGUUGGAAAAUUCCUACAAAUUUGGGGGCGGAGCCUGGCAUAGCUGGGGUUUGGAUACAGGAUGAAGUUCAGUGGGAAUAUGUUGCUGUAGAACUCACCUUCCAGAUCCACCUUUUCCUCCAGGGCAACUGACUUCUGUAAUCUGAAGACCAGCUGUAAUUCCAGGAUAACUCCAGCAGCUCCCACCUAGAGGUUGGCAAAUGGCAGCCCUAUGUUUGUGUGGUGUACAAAAGCGGAAUGCCUCUUCUAAGAUAAUGCAUUUCACCUGAAGUGUUUUAUAAGUCAUUUAUAAUUAACUGAUCAACAUCUGUGGGAAUAACGUGUGUCUGUCAUUCUGAGAACUGAACAGUCUUCCUUUGCAGCGUUAUAUAAUAAAGUCUUCUUAUAUAUACACAUCA